UCUUCCAUUCAGAUUAGUCAGUCCGACUUCGAAAGCAUUAGUGCCACCAUGGAACGGAACUACGGGAGGAUUGCAGCGACAGGAAACGAAGGCAUCUACUCGGAGCGUUCCACCCCCGGUGCUAGCAGUAGCAGCUGUUGGUUCCUUUCUCCAUUCGUCAGGACCGCGAGGUCGCCUGUCCAUUUCGUACAAUUUCCGAUCUGCCAAUCCCCGCCCGCUCCGUGCAUAGCAGCAGCAGGUCUGGAUGGAAGCUGGGGUUGAAGCUCCAGGCCGGGGAUCCAUGGGGGAGAAGAAGACGUUCGUGCUCUACCCGUCGCUGGGCGUGGGCCACCUGAUCCCCAUGGUGGAGCUGGCCAAGCACCUCCUCCGCCGCGGCCACGGCGCGCUCAUCGCCGUCGUCGACCCGCCCGACACCGACCCUGCUUCGGCCGACGCGGUGGCGCGCCUCGCGGCGGCCAACCCGGUCAUCGCGUUCCGCCUCCUGCCGGCGCCGGCCAGCCCCGACGCCGGCGCGCACCCGGUGAAGCGCAGCCACGACACGCUCGCGCUCGCCAACCCCGCGCUGCGGGAGCUCCUCCGCUCGCUGCCCGCGGUCGACGCGCUCCUGCUCGACAUGUUCUGCGUCGACGCGCUCGACGUCGCAGCGGAGCUCGGCGUCCCCGCCUACUUCUUCUUCCCCUCCGCGGCCGGGGACCUCGCCGUCUUCCUCAACCUGCCGUACCUCUACCCCACCCUCCCGUCGUUCAGGGAGAUGGGCAGGACGCUGGUGCGCUGCCCCGGGAUGCCGCCGAUUCGGGGGCUGGACAUGGUGAUAACGAUGCAGGACAAGGAAAGCGACCAGACCAAGGUCCGGCUGUACCAGUUCAAGCGCAUCCCGGAGGGCAGCGGCGUGCUGGUCAACAGCUUCGAUUGGUUGGAGCCCAGGGCCCUGAAGGCGCUCGAGGACGGCGUCUGCGUGCCCGGCCGGCCGACGCCGAGAGUCUACUGCAUCGGGCCGCUGGUCAACGACGGGAAGAAGGGAGAGAACGGCGAGACGCACGAGUGCCUCGCGUGGCUGGACACACAGCCGGAGCGGAGCGUCGUGUUCCUCUGCUUCGGGAGUAUGGGCACCUUCUCCGCCGCGCAACUACAGGAGAUUGCCCGCGGAUUGGAGAGCUCCGGCCACCGGUUCUUGUGGGCUGUAAGGAGCCCGCCGGAAGAAAGUGGCCAGUUCCCCGAACCGGAAUUGGAGCGGCUGCUCCCGGCGGGGUUCCUGGAGAGGACGAGGGGCAGGGGAAUGGUGGUGAAGAACUGGGUUCCGCAGGCGGAGGUCGUGCAGCACGAGGCGGUCGGCGCAUUCGUGACGCACUGCGGGUGGAACUCCGCGCUCGAGGCGAUCAUGUCUGGGCUGCCGAUGAUAUGCUGGCCGCUGUACGCGGAGCAGCGGAUGAACAAGGUGUUCAUGGUGGAGGAGAUGAAGAUCGCGGUGGAGGUGCAGGGAUACGAGGAGCUUGUCAAGGCGGAGGAGGUGGAAGCCAAGGUGAGGCUGGUGAUGGAGACCGAGGAAGGGAAGGUUCUUCGGGAGAGGCUCGCAGUGACUAGGGAGAAGGCAUUGGAGGCCACCAAGGAAGGCGGCUCUUCCGAAGUGGCGUUCGCCGAGUUCUUGAGAGAUUUGGAGAAGAAGAGCAGCUAAGGAGAUGGAGAAUGCCACUGAUAAGGUGACUCCUCAGCGCUAUAUUUAAGGAUUCAAACAAUAUCAUAGAAUUUGUCAUCGACAUAAACAAAUUAAAUGUUGCACCAGUAGUAUUUCAGUAGAAAUUGGACCAGAUAGUUGGCAAAAUCGUCAAGCAGAGAGAUACUGGUAUAAUAAUAAAUGCAGGAGCUCAAUUUGAUUGUCACCUGUUAAUUUUCUGAA